AUGGCAACCUUGGGCAAGGUAGAAGUGGAUAUCAACCUGCUGGUGCAACUUCAAGAACAACUCAUCCAGAGUGCCAAGGCCAUUGGUGAGCAACUGGAAUCGACGGAUUUGGAGGCUCCACUCUCAAAGGUCAAGCGAGUAUCACAGGUAUCUACCGAUGCGACAAUUCCAAAUACUUCAGUGCAAGGCUUUUCAACCACACCUCGCCUGGAUGAGAAGCCAGAAAAGUUUGAGCUGCAGCCAAAUGGUGUGCCCAUGCUGACCACCACGGCUCCGAAACGGCACUCCAUGCUUUCCUCCAAAAGCUCGGUCUCAAGCAUAACCUUGGAAGAUGCAGGCUGCAGCCGAAUGCUGGACGAGUGGCGAGAGAAGUUUGUGCUUGCCCAGCAGGAAGCGAUUGACAUCUACUCGGAGAUGCAUCGUCAAGACGCCACCCCGAAGAAAGCCUUCACGCGGCGGCACAGCCACAUUGUUUGGACGUUCGAGGGUUUGCUGCCAACGGCCAGCGACUUCAAUUUGGCAAUUGCUUUCAAUCCCAAGGAGUUGCUGCGAUUGUGGCGGUUGACCUGGGACUUUCUGACCAUUGUUUUGGUGGCCAUUGAUGCGUUUGUUUUGCCCAUCCGCCUGGCAUGGCCAGAGCGUUUUGCCGACGGUGGCUAUGUGCAGAGUUUCUACCAGGUGACUCCAGUCUUUUGGGUCAUUGACAUCCUGAUGAACUUUGCAAUGGCAGCUCUUUCGCAGAACAAGACGAGAGUUCUCCUGACAUAUGCCUGUACAUGGCUUUGGUUCGAUGUUGGUUUGGUGGUCUUGGAUUUCGUCCUUUUGCUGCAGAUGGUGCCAGAGACCUUCAAGUCCUUGACACUCCUUCGGUUGUUUCGAUUUGCCAAGUUCAAACACGCAAUGGUAGAGUUGGAGAGUUUGCUGGAAGCACGAGGGAUGAUUCGAGCGAAGCACAUCUCGACGAUUCUGCAAUGUGUGAUCUUCAUUUUGGGUGUGAACCAUGUCUUGGCAUGCGUCACGGUUUACGUGGCAAAGCGAGAGCAGUUCUAUCAGCGUGUCAACUGGAUGGACGAGAAUCAAGUUAUGAGCAACGAUCUGCUUUUUCAGUAUAUGAUCUCCUUCAAUUGGGUGAUUGCAGAGUACACUCCAGCACCGUAUCCCUUUACCGCGACCAAUGAGCUGGAGCAAGGGUUGGUGCUGGCCAUCAUCCUGACGUGUUUGCCCAUGCUGGGAGCACAGAUUGGAAUCAUCAGCGGCACCUUGACUAAGAUGAAUGAGAAGAGCAAGGAGCGAGAGACAGUGAAACGAGACCUGCAACGGUGGCUGCGAAAGACCCGAGCGCCGAAAGAACUGACACAGCGCGUUGUUGCGGCGUUGGACGAAGUGCUGAAGUCGGGCGAAAACCCAUUGGACUUCCGUGAGCCUGUCGCAUUGGAUUUCUUGCCUACGACGUUGAUUCAAGAGCUGCAUAUGGUGAAUACCAGCCACAAGCUGUUCAUUCACCCCCUCUUCAGCAUGCUAAUGGAUGAAAGACUGGAGUUUGGCGGACGUUUGGCUUCGUCCUUCCAGUCAAAGGUCUACAUCCAAGGUGAGGCAAUUUUCAGUCAAGGACGGCGAGCUGAAGGCAUCUACAUCACUACACAUGGGGGGUUCUCGUUUCAGCCGUCGAAAAGUGACAGCUCUCAUUUCAAAAGCCGCAAGAACAAAAGCGUGCACUGGAACAAUGAGAGCUGGUUCGCUGAGCUGUCGCUCUACUUGCCUAGGAUCCACGCAUCCACGUUGACAGCUAUGACCUAUGCAAAAUCCCUGAUGAUGACCUACGAAAACUUCAUCGAGGUGGCUCAGGAUUGGCCAGCUGUGGUGGUGGCAGUUCAUGAGUACGCUCAGUCUUUCCUGAAAUUGUACGAGAAAAGAUCCUACGUUCUCCAAAGUACCUGGGAGCUGCCGCCGGUGGAUUGGCCUGACUAUGCUGUUGCUGCCACUCAACUGGCAGAGCUGCUGAUUCCAGGCACAAGUCGUUUGCACUCCUUCAGAGUGAUGGACGUCCCCGUGGAGUGCGUGGACUACCGGAAGCUGAUCCUAGAAGACUUUUCAUUGGAGGGCCAGAUCGAUGAGGUUGUGGAUCAAACCAAAGAGUUGCAAGAGGACACUGGCAUCUACGAUGCCUUGGGCUGCCAGGAAGAGGCCCAGCGAGCAACCCUCUCCAUGCUUUGUUUGGUUUGGUUUGUUCGAGAUAGCUACGAGCACAUGAUCGCCAACCAGGAUGACCGUUCACGUCUCUCCAAGUCCACAUGGAAAGCUAUUCGAGACCUCCUCUUCUCUCAUGAAAUCAGCUUGGACGAGUUGAACGGUCUCAUGGUGCUGCUGGCCAUUCGUGGCAUUUGCAAGAGUCCAGAUUUUGCCAAGAUCGCUCCACCCAAAGACCGCACCACACCUGAGCAGGUGCUGUCUUACGCGGUCGAGAACUUGCAAGCAUACCUGCCGUCCUUGGCUUCUCUCAAGAGCGAAAGCUAUGAACACCUUGGCCCCAUUGUUGAUAUUUUGAAGGAGUUCAACUUUGCACAAUUUCUGCAGGGUGAGAAUAACCCGCACUCAGUGUGGCUCCUGAAGAAUGGCUUAACAAGUCAAGGUGGAAAGGUUUUGAAGAUGUGUUUGCUUUCUCAAGUUUGUAUCCUUUGCGGAGUCAUGGGAACCACCACUUUGAGGGGCUCACUCUUUUUGAAUGAAGCCAACGGUCGCUGCUUGGUGAAAGCUCUCAACACCCUGCAGCAUAUUCACGAGUUGGAUCCUCAUGAAGUGUACUGGAAAUACAUCCAGAGUCGAGCGGAGGCUUUGAACUUGCCAGUGCUGACACCUUCGCACAUGGUCCAAGCACGAUUGGCUUGCCUCACCCGAUGCGUUGAGCAGCAGAUGGCAGCAGACUUGCAAGAUGAUUGGCUGCAGUUGACCCAGAAAGAGAGAGAUGUCCUGUUGGACAUCUUCUUGUUGGACGGUCACGAACAGAAGACCUUCGUCUUUCUGUACCUACCAUUGUUUUUGGCCAACGCCAAAGCCAAUCACGAUGUCGAUCUCUUGGGUGGCUUGAAGCUCUUGGUGGAAAUCUACGAUAGGUUGUUACAGCACCGCUGCUUGAGCCUCACUGGUCCAAGUGUUGUGGUGGAUCUAUCAUCCUUGGCAUUGGUGAUGAAAGAUGUCGAGGACAUCCCCACCUUGCGAAAAUGUUUCGACUUUGCCAAGUUGGUGAAGCAUGAGAAUGGUGUGACUGUUCUCCUGACCAGCAACAGCUACCAGGUCCUUUCAGGUCAGUUGGUUCAUCACACUAGAAGCGCCGACAUGUUGGAACAGCUAACUGUACAACAGUCGAAAUUGGAGUUUGCCAUUCGUUCCUUGCCAUUGCCACGUGGACAACGGCCGUCAAUUUCUCAUUUCUCUUCGGAAAGCGAGCUCCAAGAGCCGCUACGUCUUCAAGCGAAGCCUUCCCCUUUGGAACUUUAG